CGAUUGUGGCUCGAUCAGUCUUCUACGGUGCGUAGAAGAUCAGAAGCAAUGGCGUAUCGCAGAAAUCCAACGAUAGGAUCGAUAGACUAUAUGCACAAUCGUUGUACCAUAACUCAACCGUUAUACUUAUAAAAUAGAUAUGAGCGAAUCUGACAUUAAUCAGAGUGAAGCUGACUCUAGCUCUUCUAAAAUGGAACGAUUUGCUCGCAUAGCUGCUGAAGAGGAAGAGGAGAUUGAGAUACGCAAUGUUUUCAAUACGGCGCCCACAAUGACGGAUCAAGGGUUCACAAAGAGCAGCGAAUUUAAGCCAGCAUCAUUCGUUUCAUCUAGAGGUGGGAUAGGCUCUUCAAAAUUGGGCAUCGGGGCUAGCCAAAGGGAGCCAAACAAUAAUGACGAAGAUGACCGAUCGCUAUCAAGGGCAGGUAUCGGAAGGGCUGGAAUAGGAAGCAGUAGAGGCAUCGAUGCAGAAACUUCUGAAAGCGCAGCAUCGAGAAAGAGCUCGCUGAAUCAAUUUAUGCCUGCGAAAGAUUCUCUGAAAAUGUCCAAUGAGACGAGCACCCUUCAGCAGGAUGCACCACCGUCUUCCGCUUUCUCACAGCGAGCAUCAUAA